GCAAAGACGAACCGCUGCAGUUUGUGCAUCUGUGAGACAGUGAGCGAGAAAGGUAACGUAGGACCAGACUCAGGAGAGUGUCAGUGGGGGACGAGGGAGGUUAUUUCUCUGCAAUGCCGAAUAAAACUAAAAAAGACAAGGAAUCUCCGAAGUCUGGAAAAUCUGGCAAAACUGGAGCGAAGGAUGGGCAGGAAAAUUCAGAGCACGAGGGCUCCAACAAGAAGAACAGCAACAGCGUGCCCCCCACCACGCAGCUGCUGAAGGGGAAGCAGUCGGGCCUGCAGACGCCCGUCAAGAAGGAGAAGAGACACAGCUCCUCCCGCUUCAGCCUCAGCAACAACAGGGAGCUGCAGAAGCUGCCUGCCUUCAAAGAUGUCGCUCCUGCGGAGCAAGAAAAGCUGUUCGUGCAGAAGCUGCGGCAGUGCUGUGUGUUGUUCGACUUCGUAGCCGACCCCCUCAGCGACCUGAAAUGGAAGGAGGUGAAGAGGGCGGCUCUGAGCGAGAUGGUGGAGUACAUCACCCACAACCGCAACGUCAUCACAGAGCCCAUCUACCCGGAGGUGGUGCACAUGUUUGCAGUGAACAUGUUCCGCACGUUGCCACCGUCGUCCAACCCCACAGGAGCUGAGUUCGAUCCCGAGGAGGACGAGCCCACGCUUGAAGCGGCUUGGCCGCAUCUACAGCUUGUCUAUGAAUUUUUCCUUAGGUUUUUAGAGUCACCUGACUUUCAACCAAAUAUAGCUAAGAAGUACAUCGACCAGAAAUUUGUGAUGCAGCUUUUAGAACUGUUUGACAGUGAAGAUCCUCGGGAGAGAGACUUCCUGAAAACCACUCUGCACCGGAUUUAUGGAAAAUUUCUGGGGCUACGAGCAUACAUCAGAAAGCAGAUUAAUAAUAUAUUUUAUAGAUUCAUUUAUGAAACUGAACAUCAUAAUGGAAUAGCUGAAUUACUGGAGAUACUGGGAAGUAUCAUCAAUGGGUUUGCCUUACCAUUAAAAGAAGAGCACAAGAUUUUCCUGUUGAAGGUUUUGCUGCCUUUGCACAAAGUCAAGUCACUUAGUGUCUAUCACCCACAGCUGGCAUACUGUGUGGUGCAAUUUCUAGAGAAGGACAGCACUCUCACUGAACCAGUGGUUAUGGCUCUUCUCAAAUACUGGCCAAAGACCCACAGUCCAAAGGAGGUGAUGUUCCUGAACGAGCUGGAGGAGAUCCUGGACGUGAUCGAGCCGUCAGAGUUUGUGAAGGUCAUGGAGCCGCUGUUCAGGCAGCUGGCCAAGUGCGUCUCCAGCCCACACUUCCAGGUUGCAGAAAGAGCGCUGUACUACUGGAACAACGAGUACAUAAUGAGCCUCAUAAGCGACAACGCAGCCAAGAUCCUCCCCAUCAUGUUCCCAGCACUAUACCGCAACUCCAAAACCCACUGGAACAAAACCAUACACGGGCUCAUCUACAAUGCUCUGAAGCUCUUCAUGGAGAUGAACCAGAAGCUCUUCGACGACUGCACACAGCAGUUCAGGGCGGAGAAGAACAAAGAGAAGGCGAAAUCGAAAGAACGGGAGGAGGCCUGGAUCAAGAUAGAGAAUCUAGCCAAAUCAAACCCACAGUUCCUUAUGUAUGUUGAUUCCUCUGGCCUCAAUAGUCCAGUAGAAAUGGAGACAGAUGGUCCAUUGAUAGAAGAUGUUCAGAUGUUAAAAAAGACUGUAGAGGAAGAAGCGACUCAGCUGCAGAGAGACCAGCGGAAAGAGCGCCCUCUAGUGCGACGCAAGUCCGAGCUGCCUCAGGAUAUCUACACCGUCAAAGCCUUGGAGUCCCACCGUCGCGCCGAAGAAAUGCUGACCGCGCACGACGGCCAUUAGACCCCGCCCCUCCGCCCCGCGGACUCCAGACUCCGGCACAUUUUAAGUAUUGGCACAGAAACUGAACAGUGCAGCGUGGCCCCCCCAUCUGCCCCCGUCUGCCCCGUCCCCCUCCUUCUGCCCCCAAAUCCCCCCCCCCCCCCACUCACUGGUCAUUACUGUUUCUGCUUUCUCAGGUGUUCUUUUCUUUGUUUUGUUUUGUUUUGUUUUUUCCCUACAUGUCAUUGCUUCAUUUCUGUAAUAUAAUUCUCAUUAGGAACGUUGCCUGCCCGGGUUUUUUUUUUCCCCCCAUUUUUAAGAGCAAGCAAAAAGAGCUGGCAACACAACCACUCCAGUUUGUCGGACAUGACAAACCAGUCAAGAGACGGGGGGGGGAAGACGAAAGGCAGGACCAGAGUGAGGAGUGCUGCUCAUUUCUUUGUCUUUUUUUCAAAGGGAACAAACUGGGAAAGGUGAAAGUUUGGGGGCAAAUGUAUGUUUUUUAAUUUUCUCUUACUCCCAGGGACAGCUGCCAGUGCCAAGAGCUUCGCGUUUCAUUUGAUUACAUGUUAAUAUUUUAUUAGUGAGAUUUUAACGGAAGGGAAGGAGGGGGGGGGGGGGGGAAUCAGUGGAGCUUUGUCUUUUUAUUUUGGCUUUAGUCAUUAUAAAAAAAACAACAGCAGUUUUUCCCAAUUUUCAACACGUGCUGAAGACAAGCUUGUGGAAGUGGCUGUUCCCUCUGGGUUUCCAAGUGAAAGAAGGACAAAUUUGUUUUUCUCUGGACUUAGAAACUUGCAAGUUUUGUGCCAUACCAAGUGCUUCAAUAACGUUAAUUUAGCUUUUUUGUCAGAUUACAUAGGCAUUACAUUUAUUCUGAAAACAAUAACUUUUGGUGGUUCAAACAAUGGUAGACUUCUUUAAAAAGGAGCAGCAGAUGGAGGGUCUGUGUGGAGUUCAGAAUCCUAGAUUACAGUGCAGGCCACACAUUUUUAUUUGUUUUUUGUUCUGUAAAAAGUGUAAAACAAAAAAAAAAAAACCCAAAACUAUAUUUUCAGGCAUGUGUAUCCUGCCUCUGUGGACAUAUGUCCUGUCCUUUUGUGCCACUUCAGACUUUUUCAGUUGUUAAAUCGGGUUCUGAGGUCCCUAACCUUAUCCACCUUGAGAGGGACCGUUUUGUCUGUGGAUGCGAAUAAUAAAGCAAGACCAACAGGCCCCUUUCUGCCGCCACACCGAUACCAUGGCCAGUAUAUUCAGCUCACCGGCACGCAACCUUGUACUGCUACACCCUUACAGCGCGGCUCUAACCCAGAGUUACCUUUCUGUUUUCCAGCCGACCUGCUCCAGGUGAGCUUGCUUAUUGUUCCGUGCAGUUUCACCCCCAUUGCUGCCAUAAGCAUUAAACCGCAGGGGAGAGCGGAGGAUGGGCAGUCCCUGGCCUGGAAAGCCAUACUUUCUGGCAGUGUUUGUUCUGCUGUUCUGUGAAGAUGGUGUGCUGAUGAACUGUAGGCCUCUGGCUCCACGCGUUGCCCAUUCCAGCUGUAGAAGUGUUGUUCUCUGGUAUCCCUUAGUGUUCCGGAACUCUCCACAGAACUGCAAGCUACAGUCACUCAUUGGAAGCUACAGUAUAAAUCUGUAUGGGAUCGUAUUAGUAAUCGCAAAAGUUUAGACUUAACCUGAAAAAGCUGCAUUAGCUGCAAUGGUGGUUUCUCUCCCUUUAGAUUGUUUGCUUGUUUUAUGCUGUGCUCUCUUAGGUGCUUAGUCGUCGAGCUGAAAGGACUGUUAACCUGUGUUGCGUAAGUGAAGAACGUGGCCUUUCUUCACUUUCUAAAAGUAUCUUUCUCAGUGCCUUUAUGUAAGAGAGGUGAGAGAAUCCUAGCCUAAAGAGAACACAGUAUGCAGUUUGGCAUUUGAACGAUAUAUUUCAAAGUAAUACGGUAGAGCUCAAACAUACACACGGGUACACUCGCAAGUUAAUGUAUGCUUAUUCGCAAGCAGUCAUACAAGUGGGAGAGGCUUGAGCUCUCCCCUAUUCAAUCUAGCAUCGGCAGACCCAGACGGUUUCCUGGCUGAAGUUUUUUGGGGGGUUUUUGAACCACCUGAACAACACUUCCUGCAAAACUUGAAUGUUUGUGUUGAUGCUUGCAAGCGACGCAAUCCUGGCUGUGGGCUGUGACGCAUCUCGAUUUCACCCAGGUUUUCAGCUUAACUUUAAUCUGUCCAGUCCCCUGAAUGCCUCAGAAUCGAUGAGGACUGCGGUAAAGGGUUUUAUUCCCCCCCCCCCCCCCCCCCCCCUUCCCCCGUCUCCUUCAAUUAUUUAUUUCUUCUGUAUACCAUUGUUUGAACUUCCAUUUCAUUAAGCUGGUAGUUUAUGUAGAUCAUUGGUUUGGGUGCUCUGUGUAUCUGUCAGCUGUUUACAGGAGGCCGUACCCCCCCCCCCCCCCCCCCAACUGUGUGUUUGUAUUUCGUUGAAUGAGCAGAGUAUACAAUGUUCUACCAUAUUCAACUUUUAACCCCCCCCUUUCAAGAAAAGAGUAACAUUCACCAAUUAUUUAUUUUUCCUCUUCGAAAAAACAAAAAGCUAUUGCUGUUAAUAUUGGGUCAGAAUUGUUUGAAGAGAUCAUUUUCUGGUCCAUUUUUAUGGGACAAACUUUGUGUUUUGCAGUAGUGGCACAAAUAAAUGACUGAAUUCAUACAAGAAAGCCGAAAAAUAUGUGUUGGUGAUUGUUUUUCUUCAGUCUAUAGCUUUUGCUUUUUACAUUUUAAUUUUCCUAAGUUUUACAUGUGCUUUUCAGAAUACAGUAACAUGACAAGUGUCCUUUAGUAUACCACCUGUACUAAAUGGCUUCAUUUAAUAUUGUACAUAUAAUGUACUUUGUUUAUGUAGUGUUAUAUCUAUUAAACAGUAGAUUUCAUAUUUUGUACAAAAUGGUCCUAUGUACAGAAUAAAACCUUAAUAGCAACUGCAAAAAGUUGGAAUGUGGCACAGAUUUUUUCUUUACCUGUAAUUAGAAAUGUUAAAGGUUCUAAUUUUUAUCAUUUUGUAAUUCUACAAGAUUUGUUUCCGCAUUCAAUUGUCUGUGAGAGGAAUCAUACAUUAGCUUUUAUUUGUGUGCUUUUAUCCAAUUCUCAAGUGGUGUAUAUCUAUAUAGAAUAAAGAGAACAUGUGGAUUUUAUAUUUUCAUCCUAAAACCAA